GUAGAUGGUGAAGGCGCACAAGUCAAAGUUCAGGGAAGAGUUCCCGCUUGAGAGGAGGAAGGCUGAAGCGUCGCGCAUGCGAGAGAAGUACCCCGACAGGAUUCCGGUGAUUGUCGAGAAGGCUGCCGGCGGGGACCUUCCGGACAUCGACAAGAAGAAAUACCUGGUGCCUACCGAUCUCACUGUUGGUCAAUUCGUGCAUGUCAUCAGAAAGCGCAUCAAGCUUGCUCCUGAAAAGGCUAUCUUCAUCUUUGUAAACAAUGUCUUGCCACCUACUGCGGCAUUGAUGUCAACUAUUUACGAAGAACAGAAGGAUGAAGACGGAUUUUUGUAUAUUACCUACAAUGGCGAAAGUGUGUUUGGAGCUUAAGCAGGUCUUUCAAAACUGUCCACUCGAAGCAAACAAGCUUGAAAUUGUAGUAUGCAUGGAUUGUACCAAUCAAAAUUAAGAAAAGAUAGGAAAAAACAGAGAUAUUAGGCAGAGGGAGAUCUCUUCGAAGCAAUGAAUAAACGAGAUAAGACGUGA